AUGGACUCUUCAAUUCCGCCGUCACUAUCUCGUAAGAGAGCCAACGGAGACACGGAAAGCCCCAUUCAGGGUCUUUCAACAAAAAGACAUCAGACUGUCCCCAAGUCACCGAAAACAUCGAUUCGCGACGCGUCAGAGGCUUUGAUCCAGGCUAUCAAGACCGCCGAAGAGGCCUUCCAACAACCACAACCUACACUUGCACCUCUCAGCGAUGAAAUUUCAGAAGUGAGAAUUGUCGGCAUCUUUUCCACUCUGGAGGACGCCAAUGCCAGCGUGCGAAACCAUUGUAGCAUUUACGCGAAACGGGAUGAACCAGAUGCCAAUUUCAAAGAAGGCCGUACCAUAGACGGACGGAUCUACUACGAGACGCAUGAUGCGGGGAGAGAUGGAUUUGCCGUUGAGAUCGUCCGUCAGGUCGUCAACCCGCUGGGUCUGAGCCGGUCCAGGAUUGGGGCAGGGAUAUCGGAGAGCCUCGUCCGGAUCCCGAAGAGUCGGAGAUGGAAUCUGAUUAACUAUUUCGUGAAUGGGAUGGGUGGCUCCGGAGGAUCGAGAUCGGGUCCUUGGGAGGGGUUAGAGUAG